AUGCAGAUUUUCAUGAAAACCCUUAUGGAGAAGACCAUCAUUGUCAAGGCUGUGUCCUUGGAUACAAUAGAAAAUGUAAAGGCCAAGGUCCAGGAUAAGGAAGGAAUUCCUCCUGCUCAGCAAAGACUGAUCUUUGCUGUCAAGCAACUGGAAAACGAGUGUGCUUUGUCUGACUACAACAUUCAAAAGAUGUCCCCUCUUCAUCUGGUGUUGAGACCACCUCACAGUGGUGCUAAGAAAAGGAAGAAGUCUUACACCACAACCAAGAAUAAUAAGCAUAAAAGAAAGGAGGUUAAGCUGGCUGUCCUGAAAUAUUACAAAGUGGAUGAGGAUGGCAAAAUGAGUUGCCUUAGACAGGAGUGCCCUUCAGAUGAGUGUGGUCCUGGUGCUUUUAUGGCCAGCCACUUUGACAGACAUUGUUGUGGCAAAUGUUGUCUGACCUACUGCUUCAACAAACCAGAAGAAAAGUAA